UUUCCCGGCAGGUUCGAUGGCACCCCAGCACCAAGUGGUCAUUGCCGCGCUGUCUGUUCAGUGCCUGUCAUAGGUUAUGCAGGAUGGCCAGUGGUGCCCUUGUUCUGUGGCAACUGCAGCUGGUGUGUGGAACUGUGUGAAGAGACAAAAAGUGAAAAAUGAAGUCCAUGAUAGUGAGGGCAAAAUUUACUGAUGUACCAAGGUGUGGCCCAGCAACAGCCUGCAGAGUUCAGAAUGUGAAGACGUGCAGUUUGGGUCAGCAGAAGCCUCUGCCAGUCACUGACACCUGAAGCAGCAGUAACACCAGCAAGGACAGAAGGAUGGCCAUGGGCGCUGGAGGCAGUGGCGGUGCGCUGCUGUAGAAGGGGCAGUAAAGACACUGUGGAGAGAGACAGAAAUUAAUAGGUUUUAAAACUAGUGCAAACUUCCAUGAAAUAUUAAAACAUGUUUGUGUCCCACUGCAUGUCAGAAAAAGCAAUGAAAAGGGACAUAGUUCCAAAAAAGCAUAAGGCUAAAAUUGGAUCUACUUGGUUUCAUCAGCUCCAACAAAGCAUGAAGUAAUUCCUUUGCAUUGAAGAACACCCAGAGUCAGAGUCCUGUCAGGCUUGCUGUAAACCUGAAUCAAUAUAUGUAGGACGAGAGCUCCAUGAGGCAACCAAGACAGAGACAUGUGUCAGGAGUCUCACUAAGGCCAUUGAGGACUAUUUCAAUGCAAAUGACUGAUGGCCUGCUUACUGAGCCCCACUCAGACUGCCUCUCAGCUGCAGUUGGCCCUGGAACACAUAGCAACAGUGACGUCCUCCAUCACAGCUCCACACUGCCUCUACACUGACGGGUCACUGCAACCGGACGGUGUGGCUGGUUGCGCAGUCUUCUCACCUGACUUGGAGCCUCCUCCUGGGGGUUGGGUUGGCCGUCGCCUCCGUGACCACUCCAGAUCCACAUUGUCUAACCGCCUAGCGAAGGAAGCCUGCCGUCUGCCUCCAUGUGGUGAUGGACGCCCCCUCUCCCUGCCCUGCCAUCUCUCCAGAGUCCGCUCCGCCGCCUUCCUUCCUGCACGGCGUCGUAGGGAUGCAGAGAGGCCCCACAGCGUCACCAUCAACCACUACGAGUCUGUCUGCCGCCACAAAUACUCCUACCGACGCCGGGGCCUCACGGUUCGGAGACAUAAUGUUGUCUCCGCACGUCUGCAGCUGGGCUACCGUCCACCGUGGCAGGUCGCCGGGGUGGAGGGGGAGCCUGUAUUUACGAAAUGUCGCCUGUGCUGCUCACCGAUGUCGAACACCAUCGAACAUUACUGCCUGGCCUGCCCCACUGUUCGUGGUUUGCUACCACAGGGACAGCCGUUGGAUGCUGUCUGCCGCCACCUCCUGAACCACGACUUCCUCGACACAAUCCUGGUGCGCCACCCUCGUUUUGGUGGAUUCUCCUAAUGUUAUGUGCCCUACGUGGCACUAGUCCCUCUAAAUUUUUGACUUAUCUGUAUAUUACAUCAACUUGCUUCCUGUUUUAGUGUGUGUGUGUGUGUCCAUUGUCUAUAGUUAAACCUGAUGCAUUUGCUAAAAAUUGUUUUGUCUGACGCUAAUGCGCAA